AUGGCUGCUGUGGCGAGCCCUCCUCCAGCUCCGAGCGCCAGGCGCAACUACCCACGCGUCAAGGCAGCCGAGCGAGUCAGGCUGAGGGCCGAAGAGACGGGAAACAAGGAUGAGUUCGAGGCUUUCUGCGCACAGACUAUGCCGACUGAGUUGGACGUCAGAGAGGAUGUGAUCGAAAAGCCUCCCGUGGAUGCUUUCCGGCACGACGCGCAGUACACAGCCGCGCACAUCUCCAUUGCGCCUCCCGACCCGAAGCUGGAGUUGACGGUGCGAGACACCCGGACCAGGCCCCUGCCGCCGUCCUUGACUGCAACUCAUGCAGCGCUGGAGCAACCGCUUCGGAGCAGUGAUCGGCACGGCCUCGCCCCGCCUGGACACCCGUCCGAUCAGUUCUACGAUGCCGCAGCUGCUCGCGUGCCGCCGCAGCCAGUCCCUGAUCUGACACAGAAGCUCGAACUGGAGUUCCUGGAGACGAUCGAAAGCUCCUGGGCCACAGGCCAAUCAGAGAAAGAGCUUUGGGGACAGUAUGCCAAGAGAGCCGAGGAGCUGCUCAUCACCAUGCCGUUGGACCGCAUUCUGCGGGUUCUCAAGGCCUUCGUGCUCGCAAGAUUUCGUAGUGCCGACUUGUUGAAUCGAAUAGGCUCCGAGCUCGCCAGGGAGGUGAAAAGUGCCUCCUCGACGCGGCUUUGCCAAGUCUUUCACUGGAUCGCAAGGGCCGGCCUACGAGAUCAAUCGCUGAUGUGCCUCAUGGGCAACGAGGCGCUGUUCCGCCUGUCAGACGAUUUCGUCCUGGACAUGUAUGUCGAAGUGAUGAACGUGCAUGCUAGGCUUGAUGUUCGCAAUCCGCGACUUGUUGGUGCAAUACUGCGCGAAAUGGCUCCCUUCUUUAGGGAGCUGAGCAAAGAUCAAUGUACGGCUGUGAUCCCGCUGACAGUGAUGUCUGUCUUCUCCGACGAGGCUCGUGUGGCAUACCUCUCGCGAUGUGCCGAGCUCAACAUGGGGCUGCCAGUUCGCAUGACGAAGCCAGAUGUUCUCAGACAGUUUCGGCUGUUGGAGGACUGCCUUCGUUUGGACUAUCAUCCCACGGUGCUGCCGGCCCAAGUCCAGCUCUGGCUUCAAAACUUGAAGGCGGAGAGCGAGGCCCAUGAUGCAAUUGUCCCAACGCCUUUGUCGGAUGUGGAGCAGGACAUCUUGCGGGUCCUUGAGCAGGAGCUUGAUGUGGCCGUCACACCGAUCUUGCAGGACUCCGUGCUGACGCUCCACCUGGUCUUGGGCAAGACCGUUCUGCAGGUCAUGGAUGCCUACGAUGACUAUUAUGUUACACCCGCCAUGGGGGGACAGCGCCUCGUGCGUGCAGAGACAAAGCUGCAGCAGCGUCUGAUCUGGCGCCGGGGCUGGAGACUUCUGACCCUCGAUGCUGAGGAGUGGAAAAAGCUCACAGACGACAUCUACAAGAAGGACCUGCUGGAAGAGCUCUUGAUCCAUGGACAGCGCAGCAUUCGGCCUCCAUGA